GUAAAGUAACACAGCACGCGAUGCGAUCCCAUAUCAAUGCCUUCUCGCCGCGAUUGACACCGAUACAAUCUCUCAUCUCGCGAAGAUGGCGUGCGCAAUGGAUUUGCCGACACCGCAUAGCUGCACAACAACCCUGGCUCCGGACUCUGGCGACCACGAACGCGCCUGGCGGACCAGAUGAGAAGCCGUUCUAUGUGACGACUCCCAUCUUCUACGUCAAUGCCGCGCCUCAUAUCGGCCACAUGUACACCAUGGUGUUGGCGGAUGUGCUUAAACGAUGGCAAGUUCUGAAGGGCAGAAAAGCAAUAUUGCUCACCGGCACGGACGAGCAUGGGAUGAAGGUUCAGCGCGCAGCGCAAAAAGCAGGAAUAGAGCCUCAAGAUUUUGUGGAUCAGGGCGCGGAGGUGUUCAAGAGUCUUGCUGAGCGGGCGGGCAUCAGUAAUGACAUCUUCAUCAGGACCACAGACAAGCAUCACAAAGAAGGGGUGGAAUAUGCCUGGCAGAUGCUGGAAGAGCGAGGGCACAUCUAUGAGAGGAAGCAUGAAGGCUGGUAUAGCGUAUCGGAUGAGACUUUCUAUCCUCAGAAUCAGGUUCAAAUGAUUGUGGAGCCAGCGACUGGACGCAAGAUCAUGGCGAGUAUCGAGACGGGCAAAGAGGUGGAAUGGACCAACGAGCCGAAUUAUCAUUUUCGACUGAGCGACUUUCAAGGGAAAUUGUUGAAGUUUUACGAGGAAAACCCCGAUUAUAUCGAUCCACCAUCGAGGAUGAACGAGGUCGUGGCACAGGUCCGAGCCGGACUCGAAGAUCUUUCCAUCUCUCGUCCCGCGGAAAGACUGUCGUGGGGUGUCCCAGUACCUACAGAUGAUACGCAAACCAUCUACGUAUGGCUCGAUGCUCUUCUGAACUACGCAACAGCCGCCGGCUACCCCUUCACACCCGGGCAGGAGACGGCGUGUGGCUUUCCACCUGAUGUUCAAGUCGUUGGAAAGGAUAUUGUGCGCUUCCAUUGUAUCUACUGGCCCGCAUUCUUGAUGGCGCUCGAUCUGCCCAUUCCCAAGCGAGUUCUUACGCACGCGCACUGGACUCUCGGUAAGCACAAGAUGGCCAAGAGUAGCGGGAAUGGUGUCGAUCCGUUCUUUGCACUGGAAAGAUUUGGAGCGGACGGUCUGCGUUACUACUUGGUUCAGGACGGCGGCAUCGAGGACGACGCGGGCUACGACAACAGCUUCGUCAUUGGAAAGUACCGGAAGGGACUCCAGAAUGGCCUUGGAAAUCUGCUCUCACGUGUAACGCUAAACGAGAGGUGGAACAUCGAACGUGCAGUGAAGCGAUAUGCACGUCCCGACCAACCUGGCCCAGUCUCAGGCCUAGAUGGUGGCGAUGAAGGGCUGAGCAACUUCUGUGACAUGUUGAGAACGCAGCCCAGCCGUGUGGACGAACAAAUGAACCUACUUCGACCCAACAAAGCUUUGAAAAGCAUCAUGCGAAUCAUCUUCGAAUCCAAUGCAAUGUUAAAUUCACUGUCACCUUGGACGGUGGUCACACAGAUACAAUCAGCGAUGGCGGAUACCACCGGGCAAGAACUGGACGAGUUGCGACAAGCCGGAAGAUCCAUCGAAGCGUUGGAAGAGGAGAUUGAUAGGAGCAUUUACCUGGCAGUCGAAGCUCUGCGACUGGUGGGCAUCAUGCUCCAGCCUUUCAUGCCCACAGCUGCGAAACGUCAGCUGGACAUGCUGGGUGUCGCUGAAGAUCGCAGAAGCUGGGAAUGGUGUCAACUAGGGAAAGAUGACAGCUUCGGCGUCCCAGUGCUCAGGGUUGUAAAGGGAGACGAGGGCAGGUUGUUUCCACCAUUGACAAGCGCAUAUUAAAGCUGUGCUGUAUUUACCUUGGUACAGGUA